AUGACUGUUCAAGAAACCGAAUCUUUUGUUAUUGUCAAGCACCCAGAAAACCCAGAAACAUCCGUUACAAUCUUAAAAUACGGUGCCACCGUCUAUUCUUGGAAAUUAGCAAACAAAGAACAAUUGUGGUUAUCAGACGCUGCAAAACUAGAUGGCAGCAAACCUGUCAGAGGUGGUAUUCCAUUGGUCUUUCCAGUUUUUGGUAAACACCAAUUGGAUACGGCUACAGCAAACAUUGCCAACGCUAAUGAUGUUAAAUUGAGUAAAUUACCUCAGCACGGCUUAGCAAGAAAUUCUACUUGGGAAUUUUUAGGUCAAACCAAAGAGAAUCCACCAACUAUCCAGUUUGGAUUAUACUCGGAAAUUGCAAAUAAAGAAUUAACUUCUAUCUGGGAUUAUGAUUUCGAAUUGAUUUAUACUAUUGAAUUGAACAAAGAUAGUUUGAAGACUGAAAUCGAAGUCAGCAACCCAGCAAAAUCUGAUAAAUCAUUCAAAUUCAAUUGGUUAUUCCACACAUAUUUGAGAAUUGAAGAUAUUGAGGACACUUUUAUUUCCAACUUAAAGGGUGUUAAUGUGUACGACCAAUUAUUAAAACAAUCAUAUAACGAUGUUCAGCCAGUCGUUACUUUCCAUGAAGAAGUAGACAGGGUUUAUAAGAAUGUCAGAGAAGAUAGAGACAUUCAAGUUGUUGAUAAGGGUAAACCCAUCCACACCAUCAAAAGAAUUAAUUUGCCUGAUGCUGUUGUGUGGAACCCAUGGGUUAACAAGAGUAAUGGCAUGAGUGACUUUGAACCUAAAACAGGAUUUAAAAAAAUGGUUUGUGUCGAACCUGGCCACGUACAUGAUUUUAUAGUUUUAAGCCCUGGUUCCAAAUGGAAAGCUUCGCAAAUACUUUCCAAAGAUGAAUUGAAAUACCAGGUUAUUUGA